AUGAUAUAAGAAUGCGAGUUUAAGGAUUUUUUGGAUAUUUUUUAUUAAGGCAUCAACAGAUAGAGGAAAGAAUAUGCAUAGGAAAUACUGAGUGAAGACCAAUAAAUUUCAAUUUAAAUUCUUGAUUAGAUUCUCAAAGGAAAUUAAAAAGAGCAAGAAGACAAAAGAGCUCUUUACAAAAAAUGUGAGAUGUUUUGUGGUGAAGAAGAUAUUAUUUUUUGCAAGUAAGAAAUGUAAAUGAAUUAAUAUUCUACAAAUCGCUCUGAAGUAGAAGAAGCAAUUCACUAUCUUUUUAACUAGAUUUAUUUGGACAAUAAAAAGGAAAUUUAGUAUAAUAAAAAACUAACUCAUAUGAAAAUCCACUUAAUUAAGACACAUACUGAUGUUUUAAGGUCUUGCUUUAUGCUCUCUGCAAAACCUCUUCAAAUAAUUGAAUUUUCUUAUGAUACCUUAAUGGAAUCUUAUUUAAUUUAAGGAAGACUCAAUAGAUAUAUAUCUUAAGAGCCUAUUAAUUUAUAUGCUUUAAAAAUAAUUGAUUAAUUUAAUAUGAAGGAAAUUGUAAUUGGUCCUGGUAGAGGACAGAUUGAUGAAAAGUUGAAUUUCAAAUUUAAAAUACCAUAUCAGCUCUUAAAGGAUUCUGGCAUUUAACCAUCAAACAAUAAAUGUGAGAUUGAAUUCUUUCACAAAAUAGAGGCUGAUAUCUCUCAUUAUAACCAUUUCGGAUUUAAUUUUGUGGAUAUAGACCACACAUAUUCAUUGAUUAUGAGACAAUCUUUUCAUCCAGUUCAAAAUGGCAGGGCAAGUGCUAAAAAAUCUAGGAGGGAUAGUCCAGAUGUGAGAAGAAGCAAUAGCUUGUUUAAAAAUAGACUAAGUUCUUCUUGCAACAAAGAAAAUAGAAUUCCUAAUAGCAACGAUAAAAGAACAAUGUCUUCUGCAUAAUAUAGUUAGAAUAGUAGUGGAUAAGAUAAUUUUUUUUCUUAGCAAGUAAACUAAAAUCAACCUUAUAGCUACUACUCUGAAAAAAGAAGUAAGGGUUAGCAUCAGUAGCACAUGGAUUCAAUAUGGGAGGCUAAUGAAAAAGAUUUCUCUAUAUACAAAGAUGAUAAUUUUAGAAGUGAACAUAGAAGAUAAAAUUUUGGAUCUUCGCAAAAAUAGAAGUAAAUAUUUUCUUUUGGAGAAUAAGAUCAAUCGUUUUUCGCUGAUAGUGGAAAUAAAAGUAGAUAAUUUGGACCAAGUAAUAACUUUACUGAAACUAAAGACAUUUUUUUUACUGAUAGAUAGCCUGUAAAAUAAAUAAUUCCUGAUAAACCAUCUCAAAAUUUGUUUUAAAACCCACAAAAUAAUAUUUUUAAAUAAACUCCGAAUCCAAUUAUAAUUCAAACUAACUAAAGUCAAAACUAACAACAAACGAUUUUCAAUGGAAAUACCAAACCAUCUAAUUUAUUUUGCAAUUAAGCUGACAACACUCUUUAAGCUGGUAGCAUAUUUGCUACAACCUCUAAUAGUGAUAAAAAUAUUUUCAAUAAAAAUAACAAAGCUAAAGAUAUUUGGAAUACAGGUAAAAAAGAUCUUUUCUAAUAUGAAGGAAAACCAGAAAAUAAAUCAUUGUAAAAUCCAAUCUUACUAAGCACAAACUUAUUUUAGUAGAAUAAUGAGAAUACCUAUGCAAUAAAUAACAACAACUCUAUCAAAAAUACGAAUAAUAGCAUUAAUAAUUUUAAUUAAAUAAAUUAAAGUCUUGCAAGUUCUAACUAACAAAAUCAAAUUUUUCCAUCUAUUCAAUAAAUGAAUACCUCUUCUGAACCACUUAAUUUAUUUCAAAAUGCUUCUUGUAACUUUAAUAAUAAUUCCAUUUAAUCUAUCAUACCACAAUAACCACUUACAAUAAACAACAAUAAUAAUAUUAUAUAAAACCCAAUAUAAAAUUUAGCUCAAAACCAAAUUUAAAAUUUGAUUUAAAACCCUAUUCAAAAUUUAGUUCAAAAUCCCAUAACUUUGAAUAAUUAAAAUAUAGCUUUAUUAGACAAUCAAAAUUUAGAAAAAAUGUCUUUAUAAUAAUAAAGUAAUAAUAUAGUUUCUCAAACUACUUUGCUAAACGGUAGUUUUUCUAAUAACUCAAUUGGAGUUAACAACAACCCUUUUUCUCAAUAAGAAAGGUUUUAUUUCAAAGGAGUAAAGCAUACAUUUGCUCAGUAUGAAAAUUUAGCAAAACUUCCUUAAAAUCAAGAAAGCAAGCUUCCAUCUAACAGGUUAAGAGUUUAAAAAAUAUUGCUGGAUUCAAGAAAUUUCAAAGAUCCAAACAAAAGAGCUCAAAAGUUAAAAGAAAUAGAAAAAAUUUAUAAAUGCUGCAAAGAACCAUUUAAAUCAGAUUAUUAAAAAUAUUGGAACACUGGAGAGCACUGUGAUUUUACUCUUUCGCUAGAAAAUGAUUAAGAUGCCUUUUAUAAAUUGCACAAAGUAGUUGUUAGCCAUUACUCUGAAUAUUUUAGAAAACUGUUUAAUGAGCAAAAAUUUACUCAUUUUACUUUAAAAUAAAAUAAUUUCAAUAACGAAGCUGUCAGACUUAUGUUUAAGUGGAUGUAUUUUAAUGAGCUUCCUGCUCAUGAAUGGGAAGAAAUGUCAUUUAAACAAGCUUAAUAAACACUUAAUUGCGCUCUCUACACUAAAACAUGGGAAUUCCUUGUUUAAGUUAUCAUCAAAGUCAUAAUUCCAAAGAUGACGAGUGAAAAAUUAAUUGAUUUCUUGAUUUUAAGCGAGUAUUUACCAAAUUACUUUGCUAAUAGGAAAGAUGAUGAGUCUUUAAGCUUGCUGUUUGGAGUUUUAAAGCUAUUAUAAAACUAUUGCAUUUUAUAUUUCUCUAAUAACUCUAUUGAAAUAAUAGAAAAAACAGAAGAUCUAAAAAUACAAUAAUUGGUUGAAUUGAAUUCAGACUUAAUUUUUACUCUUGUUAAUGAAACUUGCUUAAAAUUUGACACAUUAGAUCAUUUAGAGAGACUAUUUAUCUGGCUAAGCAAAUAAGCUCCAGUUUACUUCGGGAGAAACAUAGUCGAAUUGUGCUCAUUUUUUGAGAGCCAGUAUCUGAGUAUACAAUAAUUUGAUAAAAUUUAUAUGCCUUUUGAUAAAGAAAUAAAAUCUCUAAAGAGCCAUCUAGCCUACACAACUCCUUACUUUGAUAAAACUCCAAAUUUGAUGAAAGAAACUCCAACUAAGAGCGCUUAGAAGGUGUAAAAUGAAGGAAUGUUUGAUGAAGACGAUAUUGUUUUCACUGAAAUUGAAAAUAUUGAGCUUUCUAAAAAAGAGUGGCCUAGUUCUAAUCUUAUAAAAUAGUCAUUGAAAGAAGAAUAUGGUAAAUAAAGGGAUGCAAUAUUCAGUAGAGCUUGCGACUUUACUUUCUAAUUUAAAAGACCUGAUAUUCCAACAGUGUUUAUUAGUGAAGAAUUUUACUCAUAUUCAAGGAAAUGGAGAAUUAUUUUAAUUGUAGAUGGAGGAGAAGACUAAAACAUUUCUGUAUUCGUAAGAGAAAGUGGUUAAAGGUCUUAGAAGGAGUUAGAUGUGAAUCUCUAUAGCGAAAGAAUUCUGUUCUCAAGUACUUUAAUCAGAGUAGAAUUUCAAGAUAGAAAAUCAUGUGCUUUUGAUAUGUUUUACUCAUUUGCCAACAAUCAAAAUAUGACUGUUGGAAGAAAUAAAUUUUGUCAGGCUAAAAGAAUAGCAGAUGCAUAAACUCAUAAUAUUAAAAUAAAUGUUUGGGUUGAAGAGUUGAAAUGUCAUAGUGGGUUAAUGCAUUACAUUUCCUAGAAACUAGUCUAAUUAAUAGGAAACGGAUUUAAUGAAGAUCAAAAGAAACUUGCUGAAAGUGAAAUAGAGUAAUCUAAUAAAAAAAGAAUGAUCAACAAUGAGCCUGUAUCGAAUAGAAGAUAGUCUGAUAGAGUUAUGGAAGCCUUGCUUGACAAAGAAUGGGAUAAAAUUACAGCUUAAAUGGACGAAGAAGGAAAAAUCUUAUCUCCUAUUAAAUCAAGAAUGAGUGUUAAUAGAAUUGCAAAGGAUAACUUUUAGUAAAAGACUAAAGAGCUAAACAUAUUUUCUUUGCCUGUAUUUGAGGCUUAUUACAUAUUAACUUGUGAUAAUCUCAACAUAAAUCACGAAAAAUAUGCAAUUCAUCUUAUUUACCGAGUUUGUUUAAAUAAAAGCGAUAUUGAAAUAGAUCUAUUAUUACAUGGAGUUAGAUUUAGCUAUUUAGACUUAGAUUAGAUGCUCAAUUUAGCAAGAGAUCAUAACGCUAUAAAAAGAAAUAAGUAUUUUUAAAGCAUGAUUAGAAAAGAAUUAAAUUAAAGAUUUGAGAUGUAUCAAGAAAAAAUUGUUCCUCUUUAAAAAGGAAGAAACCAUUACGACUAUGCUCAAUUUUAUAAAAAUCAAAAUAGAAAAGAUUUCAAAUAAAAUUUCCUAGAUUGGUUAUUUAAUUAAGAGCAUCAUCCAGGAUUUAAGAGUGAGAUUCAAAAGAUUUAGAAUGCAAUCAAAGCUUAAAUGGAAGAGUUAAGGCAAAAAGAAUUCGAAAUAAAUUAGUAAUUCAUGAAACUAAAACAAGAAUAGGCAAACAUGAAAGUGAAAUAAUUAUAUACCAAUAGUGUUGGUUAAAAAAUGCCAUAUACCUCUUCUGCAAGCACGAAUCCAUCUAAUAACAGCCAAAAUGGAAGCAUUUAAAGCCAAGCCAGUAGCUUUGAUGAUAAUUUAAAUAGAAGAAAUGUUAUUUAAGCUCCUUCUUAUACUCAAACAGAGCCGAGAGUGAUUUACGGUUAAAAUGGGUAACCUUUGUUAAAUUUAUCUAAUCAAGAAAGAUAAAGAUUGAAAAGUGUUAUGGACUUCAAUAACAACAAUAUGCCUUACAUAAGUAGUUCUAAAUCUAUAGAAAAAGAUAAUUGCACUAUUUUUUGA